GCUUUUUAUUCAUCUUUCGGCUUUUUCGCGCGACGUUCGCUUUUGGUCUGGCUUUAGCCUGCGUCAUCUUCGCGCUACAAACAAUGGGCUGGAUUUUUGCGGUGGUCUUGGCGCUCGUCGCCCUGCUGCUGACGCGGCCAGGCUGGCGCUGGUUCUACAUAGCGGGAGCCACAGCCCAACGAGAUUUAAUUGCUUUGUGGGCCUACAUCAAACUGCUGCGGUACACGAAGCGACAUGAGCGACUCAACUACACGGUAGCGGACGUAUUCGAGCGGAAUGUGAGAGCGCAUCCCGAGAAGGUGGCCGUCGUUAGCGAGACCCAGCGAUGGACCUUCCGGCAGGUGAACGAGCACGCCAACAAGGUGGCAAAUGUGCUGCAGGCGCAAGGUUACAAGAAGGGCGAUGUGGUGGCCCUGCUGCUGGAGAACCGCGCCGAGUAUGUGGCCACCUGGCUGGGUCUGUCAAAGAUCGGCGUGAUCACGCCGCUAAUCAACACGAAUCUACGCGGACCCUCGCUGCUGCACAGCAUCACAGUGGCCCACUGCUCGGCACUGAUCUACGGCGAGGAUUUCGUGGAGGCGUUGGCUGAUGUUGCCAAGGAUUUGCCCUCUGAUCUGACGCUGUUCCAAUACAACAACGAGAACAACAACAGCCAGGCGCAAACGGACAUCAAGCAGGCCAAAAAUCUCAAUGUUAUGUUGGCCACGGCCAGCAAGGAGAAGCCCAACAAGACGCAAGUUAAUCAUCACGAUAAAUUGGUUUACAUCUACACCUCCGGCACCACAGGACUGCCCAAGGCGGCUGUCAUCUCCCAUUCACGCUAUCUGUUCAUUGCCGCUGGCAUACACUACACCAUGGGCUUCCAGGAUGACGACACUUUUUACACGCCGCUGCCGCUGUACCACACCGCUGGCGGCAUCAUGUGCAUGGGCCAGUCCGUGCUUUUUGGCUCAACCGUUUCCAUUCGCAAGAAGUUCUCGGCCUCCAACUACUUCGCUGAUUGCGCCAAGUUCAAUGCCACAAUUGGUCAGUACAUUGGGGAAAUGGCUCGCUAUAUACUGGCCACCAAGCCCUCGGACUACGAUCAGAAGCAUCGUGUGCGCCUCGUCUUUGGCAAUGGACUGCGGCCGCAGAUCUGGCCGCAGUUUGUCGAGCGCUUCGGCAUCGCCAAGGUGGGAGAGUUCUACGGAGCCACCGAGGGAAAUGCGAACAUUAUGAACCACGACAACACUGUGGGCGCCAUUGGAUUCGUCUCGCGAAUUCUGCCGAAAAUCUAUCCGAUCUCCAUCAUUCGCGCUGAUCCCGACACUGGCGAGCCCAUAAGGAACAAGGACGGGCUCUGCGAGCUGUGCGCACCCAACGAGCCGGGCGUCUUCAUUGGAAAGAUUGUCAAGGGCAAUCCGUCGCGUGAGUUUCUGGGCUAUGUGGACGCCAAGGCCUCAGCCAAGAAGAUUGUCAAGGAUGUCUUCAAGCACGGCGACAUGGCCUUCCUUUCCGGUGACCUGCUGGUGGCCGACGAGAAGGGCUAUUUGUACUUCAAGGACCGCACCGGCGACACCUUCCGCUGGAAGGGCGAAAACGUGUCCACCAGUGAGGUGGAGGCUCAGGUCAGCAAUGUGGCUGGCUACAAGGACACGGUUGUGUACGGCGUAACCAUUCCCCAUACCGAAGGCAGGGCUGGCAUGGCUGCCAUCUACGAUCCCCAAAGGGAACUCGAUCUGGACGUCUUUGCCGCCAAUCUUGCCAAAACUCUGCCCGCAUAUGCGCGGCCCCAGAUUAUACGAUUGCUGACCAAAGUGGAUCUGACUGGCACGUUCAAGCUGCGCAAGGUGGAUCUGCAGAAGGAGGGCUACGAUCCCAGUGUGGUCAAGGACGCGCUGUACUACCAGACGUCCAAGGGACGCUACGAGCUGCUCACGCCGCAAGUUUAUGCGCAGGUGCAGAGCAACGAGAUUCGCUUUUAGUGUGUCUGUUUUGCCUUUUGCCGAUAUGCUGUUAAUUAAUAUGUAAGCUUCCCGCGAGUCGACUUAGUUUUUAGUUGAAAACCCAGCACUGGAGAUGGGCCACUAGGCGAGUAAAUUGUAGUCUUUCACUCACUCCCCAGGCACUCACUCCUCUUCCAGGCCAACUUGCACUUUGUUGUAGGCAAAUCUUUUAUAUAUUAUAGUAAAUCGUAGUCUGAGUCUGAGUCUGGUAUACGCAUUUUGAAUGCUUUUAGCCUGCUAAAAGAACCUUGUUAAGUGCAAUUCUCGUUCGUUCGUCUCUUAUUAUUAGUCAGUUUUAGUGGCAUUACACACUUCCAUUUGCGCUGCUUUUCGCCUUUUGCCUCUGUACAUACGAGAGAAGCUUUGUCAAUGGCGAACGCCUCUGAUGCUUGUGUAUCAAAUAAAGUUUUUUUCUUCAAUAA